AUGCCGAUCACUGUACCACAUAGCCGCGACGCAGCGGGUUUCCCGCAGUCGGGGUCCUCAUAUCAGCAGCAAGUGGUCUCCUUUCGACCCAUCCCCAGCCCGGCACCCACCGGGUGUGCGGUCUGCAUCCUGAGCGACCAAGCCCUACUAAGCCACGAGCUAUACUUCUGCGGGACAUGUAGGGCCAUGUACCACCGGCCCUGUCUCUACGCGCUGCUGCUGCAGCGGAGCCAUCAACUCUCCCUGGCAGGAGGUACGUCCUCCGCGCCAGUAGCGCUCCACAGGUGCCGAACCUGCGGGAUCGAGGGGGGCCAAGCCCCCAUCCCCUCGGCUGCCACAGGGCCUGGAGCCCCCCGACCCUUCAUCACCACCCCCUACCACUACGACCGCACCCCCGCAGGUCUCUACGUGUGCACCUACAUCUCCACCGCACGGGACGGGACCUCGCGGUUCUGCAAUCUGCACUUCAGCGCGUGGCCGAACUACCGCACCCAUCAUCAUCAGGCGCAUGAACGGGCGCCCGAUGCCGGGCAUUCGUGUGAGGGUUGUGCCGUAAGUAGUAGUAGUGGUGGUGCCAGCACUGCUAACGCGACCGCGACCGCGACUGGAACUGUGACUGCGACUGCGAUAGCUACCCCUCCCCCUGUCCCUGUCCCUGUCCCUGCCCCUGCCCCUGCUCCUGCCCCUACCCCCACCCCUACCCCUCCCAUGACUCUCACCGAUUUCCUUCUAGCCGUCGAGGCGGAGAGCACCGAGCCCCCAAUGCAUCUCCUGCCCCCGCCCAUCUCCCUAGAGCCGGAACGAGAGGUCAGCACCACUCCGACGACACCCACGACCCCCAAAGACCAGCCCCACCCCCAGGCCGCAUACAACUCGUUCUUCAAACGCACCAAAGAAGGCCACUUCAUCUGCACCUUCCCCGUCCCCACGAGGACCAGGACGACAACAGCCGCCACGAAGCCGGGCGGUAUCGCUAUCACCGCCGAAGCUAACCCCUUACCUGGGCAGCUCCAGCGCCGACGGUCUUCCACGGUGUCUACUUUGGCUGCUUCGUGUGUUCCAGCGGCUUCGUGUGUACCACCGGCUUCGUCCGUCCCAGCGGCUCCGUAUGUUCCAGCGGCUUCGUCCGUUCCACCGGCGCCAUAUGCAUAUACCUCACCGACCCCGCCCACAAACCCAGUCCAGCUAGAACUGCUCCUGCAAUCGCAGCAGCAGCGGUACAGACCGCCGCCGCGACCGCAGGCGCAGCCGCCGGUCAUCCGACAACGCCAGCCACGGUUCUGCCCGCUCUGCGCCGGGGAUUUCGGGAAUCUGGUCCCACUGGUCCAGCAUCUGGAGGUCGACCACGCCACGGAGUUUCCGAUCUGUAUGUUGUGUCUGUCGUGGCGGGCGGAUUGGUGGGGGCUGCUGCUGCAUCUGGAGGAGGAUCAUCCGGAGUGGGAUGGGUUGUUCGAGGAUCCGUCGGCGGUGCGGCGGGGUUUGUUUGCUUAG